UUCAUACUAAUACAUCUUUAGCUUUUCAAAUAUGCAAUAGAUUACGUCCUGAGUUUGCUAAAGACACUCCUAAUUGCAAUAUCCAAUUAGCAAUUCAAUGCAUGAAUGCUAUUCCUUCUAAUAGACAAACUGCAUCUGAUAUUUAUGAAGAAUUAUCAAGAUUUAUACGAUAA